GGGCACUCUAGCAGCAAGGCUUCUUCCUCCGCGGAUCGAGGAGUACUGGAGGAGGAAGAAGCCUUGCUGCUAGAGUGGCGAACGAUUGUCGUGCCUGUGCUCAAGGAGAUGCGAUCAGAGUUUCAGCAGAACUUGGUGAAAUUUAUGAGACUCUUACGAGAUGAAGGUCUAAAAUGAGAAGGGAGUACGAGAUGAAGGGAACAACAUGAGAAUGAGAUGAAGGUAUAAUGGUACUAAAAUGGAGUAGAAGUAGAUGUCGUUGAUCUUCUACUGCCCAUUGGAGGUAUACAAUGUAAUUAUAUCGAGAUUCAUCUCUCACUCUCUAAUAUCUUUGCGAAAACAAAGGGAGGGCAAAGAGCAAUUUUGGAGGUUUGGACACCGUUGCCGAAAGACGGAAAAACCAUCCCCGAAGGCGAAUCGGUGCGGAAAAGAUCAAGCGGUCAGACAGAGUUAAGUGAAGGCAAAUAUCCAUGAAUAUAAACUGUGAUUGUUGAUGUACAACCGAAUGUAGAUGAAUGUCAGGGCUGCUGGUGCUUCACUUCAUGUGCAAAUAGAAUCUACCAACAGGAGGAUGUUGCUCUUAAGCAGUUGCCAGUGGGCUUAGUGGUUUAGCUUUAGGCGUUGGCCUGUUCCCCUAUCAUUUCUCUCGCCCACUACUAAAUUCAUCUGCUCUAACAAACGAGGGCGUCCUUGAAAGUGGUGCCGAGGGGCAAGACCAGCCAUCGACGAAUGCUGGAGAGGAGCCGCCACCUAGAAGGAGGCCUGCGUUGCCAUGCAACUGCGCAAUUCUGUAAACAGCGACUACAACAUGAGCCAACUAUCAGUAUUAGUUUAUUUUGUGAUAGAAAUUAAUAUACUUCUAUGGUAUAAUUUUGAUAGGUAGC